AUGCGCAAGUUCGGCUUUUCCGGCCGCAAAAAGCAGGCUCCUACGGUCACAGUCACCGCCCCGCCCAUGAGCAAGGCCCAAAAGAUUUUGGGUGCUUCAGCCAUCAAUAUCGACAACAACUUCUCCAGUUCAACUCUCGACCUUGCUGUACCCGCCCCCGAUGCAUCCCAGACCCUGAACCAUGGCCGUGUAUCUCCGGCAAAACACGAGCGCGGGACACGGGAGUGGGGAGAUGAGUCCGAGAUCAUACCGAGGCACUUCAAAACCAGCGGUGCGCCCACCGAUGCACAUGAUGAUGAUGCUUUUGAUAUGGCGAGCAUUCUUCGAAAGCGGCAGUCUUCAUCGACACUAAGCUCGUGGUACGACAAGACCAAGCAGCCUCUUUCCGUGACCCAGCAAACGUCGGCUUCAGCCAUGGCCAAGGGCAUGCCUUCAAAAGCAGAGAGGAUGUUGGAUAUGGAGAACUCAAUUGCCGAGGCCAAAUUAAAGAAGAAGAAGCCUACAAAACUCGACUUGUCUCAUCUCAUGGGACGGCGGUCCAAGAAGAACGAACCACAAUGGGAGGGUCCUAUGCUAGACCAGAUUACUCGAUCUCCAUCUAUUCUAUCACCAACCAGCACACCAUCUUUACGGGGCAAACUUUCAAGACGACCUACAAAAGAGAGUCUAAACUCAGCACACUCAGACACAACCCGACCAAAAACGGACGAGGGCAGUCGCCGACCACAAAAUCACCUAAACGGUUUACCUAAUCUCUACGAACACUACGAGCAAAUGUCAUUCCGCUCAAUCAUUGAUGAUGAGUUGGACGAGGCUGAUGAGGAGGAGCGGGUUCUGGAGAAGUCCAGAGAUUCACACCAACCAAAGCCCAGUAGAAUACUUCGACAUAGCAAGUCUGAACAGCGCAUACCACCGGGCCACCACGCCGAGCAUAUUGUUUCACAAUACGCAAAACGCAACCUGCCUCCACCACCACCUCAAUCUAACAUGGCCAAGAAGUCUGACCAAUCCUCACUUACUGACUGCGCUGCGAGUGUUUCUAGCAGACAUACCCGCACGUCCAAGGCCUCGAAACGUACGAGUAGGAGUUUCCAGGAUGCGGAUCUGCAGGGCAAGAGCGUGCUUUCACUAUCCUCGGACUCCGAAGACGACGAAUACACCGAAACCUCUUCCAAGAGUCAGCCUUCGAUACCCGAGUACGCCACAUCGGAUACUAGCUCGUCUAUCGACUUCCGUCCAGGCACGGCUCGAACUUCCGAGAGCGCUGAUAACAGCUCGAAGCGGUUGAGCAGAUCGAGCAGACAGACAACAGGAUCCAGCAACUACCUGACCAUCCCCAACGGGCAUUACCGAGCCCCCGUUGUGGCCCCAAGGUCAAGUUCCCUAUCUGGAAGCUCCACCAACACAAUCCAAGAAGGAACUGCUGGACCAACACCGUCGCGCACGUCAAGUCUUUCCAACUCAUCAGUAAACACUUCCAACACCGGCCACAGCAAGUCAAAUCUCAACAAGGUUGUUGCUCUGUACCCCGAGCCGGACACUCCGGAUUAUCCUGAUUACGAGGAAGACAAGGAGGGCGAGGACUCUGAAAAUGAGCCCGAACCUGGGCUUGACUUCCUGCCUGCUAUGACUUACAUUCCUCAUGGCUCCAUCUCUACCACUGCCGAUGCGCCAACACCUCCAUUGAGCCCAAGCUCCGUCGACUUUUACAUUCGCUCCGCUCACUCAUCGGUUGAUGGAAAGGAUAGCCACAACCGCUUCAUGGCGGUCACCCGCCAGGAAGAAAUGCUUCUGUCUGCCCUUCGCCACAAGCGACAGACAAUGCGCAGCUCUGUUGCCUCCGAGAUGGACGAGAAGAUUUCUCAAAAGGGUCACCGAUCCAAACCAUCCGAAGCUACUAUUACCGAGGAGACAAUGGACUUUGACUUCCCAGCACCCCCCACCUUCAAGAACAAGACCACGGUUAACGCAGAGGGAACAACCGUCAUCGAUCUGAGCCACGAAACGCUCAAGGGCCGCGCAGAUGAACCCGCUGCAUCCACCAAGCAAGUUCAUCACAGACAACGAUCCCGCAGUCAAGACCAUCAGCAACGGGAGCGCAUCCUUCUUUACAUCGACAAGGGUCUCGCUGCUGAGCACUCCUUUGAUGAUUCCGAGCCUAGCCCUGAUCUGGAUGAUUUCUACGAUUACAACUACGACGACGAGUCCGCAAGUGAUAGAGAUGUCAUUUCCGAGGAGAUGUAUGUCCAGCAGCGUCGCCUUAGCGACCGAAAGGGCCGUCACUCAGCCCUCAAGCGCUCAUCGAGCCGAAACCAUCAACAGAGCCCUCCCGCUCCUGCCCAACGCGAUACUCUUGAGGUUGGCGUGCCUCGACCCGACAGUCCCAUCUCUCCUGAUGCUAUGUCGGCAUCUGCUCCUCGAGUCAACAAGACGAUGGCUCGUUUGAGUGCUGUUGGCCCUCCUGCUAAAUGGGGAUUUGAGGACUGA